CGCCCAAGGCGAGGGAGCCACCGAGUCCUCCGCUUUCCCAGCAGCCAGUGCAGCCCCCCCCGCUCGGGUGACAAAGGACCGGGAGCCCUGUCAGUUGUCGCCUCUGCCGCUGCCGUCGCUCAAGGAGGGGGAGGGACCGAGCCCGAGGAGCCGCUGCUGUCCGAGGAUUGCAACAAUGCUUUGGAGUUUUUAACUGAAUCAAAGAGAAAAAUCCAAACUACAUCCAAAGACUGUAAGAAGAGAAGUAGCAGCAAGGAAGAUUCAGUGCCAAUGCAGCAACAAAGAAGGCAACCAGAAUUAGUGGAAGGAAAUCUUCCUGUUUUUGUAUUUCCUACGGAGCUGAUAUUUUAUGCAGAUGACCAGUCAACACACAAGCAGGUGUUGACACUAUAUAACCCCUAUGAAUUUGCCCUAAAGUUCAAAGUUUUAUGCACUACUCCCAAUAAGUAUGUUGUCGUUGAUGCUGCCGGGGCAGUGAAGCCUCAAUGCUGUGUGGAUAUCGUAAUUCGUCACAGAGAUGUUCGGUCCUGCCACUAUGAUGUAAUAGACAAAUUCCGUCUCCAAGUUUCUGAGCAAAGCCAGAGAAAGGCUUUAGGACGGAAAGAGAUCAUUGCGACCCUUCUUCCAUCUGCCAAAGAACAACGAAAGGAAGUGGAGGAAAAAAGGAUAAAGGAACACUUAACAGAGAGUGUCUUUUUAGAGCAGAUGCUCUGUCAAACAGGAAUUCAUGGGUCCCCAUCAAUUUAUCCAUUUGAGAAAGUUGAAAGGCAACCUUGGAGUCAGGAAGACCUGGGUUCAAGCCCCACUUCUGAUGCCCACUGCAGUGUGGCCGUAGACAACAGGACUGUCUCAUCAGGACCUAGUUUAUUAACUGUUUUCCUGGGCAUAGUGUGCAUUGCAGCUCUGAUGCUCCCCACCUUGGGAGAAGUGGAAUCGCUAGUGCCUCUCUACUUCCAUUUAAGCGUGAAUCAGAAGUUGGUGGCUGCUUAUGUUUUAGGUCUUAUCACAAUGGUUAUACUUAGAAUAUGAACAAGGAAGAAAAUUGACUUUGGAAAUGUUUCCCUUCACAUCAUCAUGACUGUGGACUACCUUUGAUUCUCAUUUGGUUCAUUAAUAUGUGACAGAAAACCUAUCAUUAAUUGAACAUAAUUACAAAAGUAUAAUUUCUCUAUAUCUCUAUCUGUAUCUCAGAUAGAGGUGUAUCUGUAUAAAUUGAUGUAUAACUUGUAUUUGCAGGACGCCAGCACAUUGCGCUCAUCAUGUUACAGAGACCGAUGAUCAUUUUGUCCAGUGACUCCUGUGCAAUGAUUUGAAGAGAUUGUCUUUUUAUAUCAAUACCUUGUUGUACACAUGACUUUUAUUAAAGCUAUGUUUGUUAUUUGCUUAUCUUUCUCUAAUUCACUUUGAUUGUUAAGGUCCUGUUUGCCCUCAGGGUUAGAGGGUUAGAAAGCUAAGCUGAUGGAAAUGGAAACAACCACAGAAUACUUGUGUUUCUUCUCUGGCUAUAAGCAUACAUGGUCAGCCCAGAACCUCUGCCCUCUUAGUGGUUCUGAAAGUGGAAUUUAAGUUAAGACUAUGUGUGAAAUACAAUACGCCAUCCCAGGGUCUCACCAAAUACCCAAACCGUCUGGCUCACCUAGGGAGUUAGCUAGCUAACCAGUUGGACGGCAAACUUGAAAGCCACUAAGGCUUUUAUCAAAACAGUCAGUCAUUGGUAUGGCUGUCAGGGAGGUCUCUCUCUUUGGCCUCAAAGGAGGCCAGGUAUUAGGUCAGCCUCUUGACCCUCUGGCUUCUCUCUCUCUCUUUCCAAUGCUUUUUGUUAAUAAGCAGAAUAAUGACAAAAGCAUUUGGUUUUUUUUGCUAGCCCUUGUCCCUAAGCUGGGCUUAGCAGAUGCCAGGCUCUUUGUUUGGUUUGGGGAUCCAUUACUUUCCCUAAACCUACAUGUGGGAACUGGGCCGUUUCUGUCAGGUAUUUUCUAACAGUCGGGAACCAGUUGCCAGAUUUGGAGCACGCACAUUUGGUAGGAUUUUUUUGUUCUUGAAAAGGAUGUCUUCCAGGCCUUUUUACAGACCAUGAGCAUGCCUUGUCACAGUGAUAUGUUCAUUGAAUAUGUGAGCAUAAGCCUAAACACAUUGCUGAUGGUGAUUUUUGUAGGUAAUGGAACUUGGCUUCGAAAAAGCCCAUAGGCCCACUUGGGGGUCCAGUUUCUAGGAUAUAGCGUUCAUGUCCAUAGCACUGGUCAUGUCAUGUCUGAAAAAAAAGCACAUGAAUGUAAUCAUGGUGUUGUGGCUGAAGGGCUGGCCCUGGAGUCAGGGAGAUCGCAAUUUGUAUCUAGCCUCUUCUGUGUCCUAGCUUUGUGACCCUGGGCAAGUCACUUAACCUCUCUGAGCCUCAGUUUCCUCAUCUGUAAAAUGGGGAUAAUAAUCAUACCUACCUCACAGGGUUGUUGUGAGGAUCAAAUACGAUAAUGGAUGUAAAGCAUUCGCAAAGCGUUAUAUAACUGUCAGUUCUGAUUUUCUGCUCUGAACUUUGUAAAGAAUCUUGAAAUGAUUCUGAUUUCUCUGCCCAUCUCAAGUCCCCACUCAAAUGUGGGUGAAAAGGCAUAUGGAGGAGAGAAAUGAUUUAAAGACAAAAAUAAACCAUAUCUGAAUUUUACAUUUAAUUCAA